AUGCAGAGAGAGGGUAGCGGCAGUGGUGGGCACAGAGAGGGUGGCGGCGGUGGCGGUGGUGGGUACAGAGAGGGUGGCGGCAGUGGCGGUGGUGGAUACAGAGAGGGGGGCGGCAGUGGCAGUGGUGGAUACAGAGAGGGGGGCGGCAGUGGCAGUGGUGGGCACAGAGAGGGUGGCGGCAGUGGCGGUGGUGGGCACAGAGAGGGUGGCGGCAGUGGCGGUGGGCACAGAGAGGGUGGCGGCAGUGGUGGGCACAGAGAGGGUGGCGGCAGUGGUGGGCACAGAGAGGGUGGCGGCAGUGGUGGGCACAGAGAGGGUGGCGGCAGUGGUGGGCACAGAGAGGGUGGCGGCAGUGGUGGGCACAGAGAGGGUGGCGGCAGUGGUGGGCACAGAGAGGGUGGCGGCAGUGGUGGGCACAGAGAGGGUGGCGGCGGUGGCGGUGGUGGUGGGCACAGGGACGGUGGCGGCGGUGGCGGUGGUGGUGGGCACAGAGAUGGAGGCAGUGGAUGGUGGUGGGCAGAGAGAGUGAGGCGGCAGAUGGUGGUGGGCAGAGAGAGGGAGGCGGCGGAUGGUGGUGGGCAGAGAGAGAGGGACGGCGGCGGCGGUGGUCAGAGAGAGGGGGGGCGGCGGCGGCGGCGGUGGGCAUGA